GCCUCCACGUGCCAGAAAGUGUUAAAGAACAACAUGGAUCAAAUAGAACAACUUGCUGCUGACAGAAAGAAGAGCUUUCUCUCAGAGGACAAUAAAAAGAGCAAUGGCUAUAGAACCGUUGUGGGAUUCCUAUGCAUAUUCCCCGUGGUGGCUUUGCUGGCUAUUGCAGGAGAUCCAGCUGGAGCAGCAGUUCAGGAAAGUCAGGAAGAUACCACAUCACCUGGCCUCCGUGAAGUGAGUGCCUCUGCUUUGCACAGCCCAGCCUUUCCACCUCGGCCUCCAGCACGGAGAAAGCGAUACACGAUCACACCUGGACACUUGAAAUGGGACCACUUCAACCUGACCUACAAAAUCCUGUCCUUCCCAAGAAACCUCAUAAAUGCCAGGGACACACGCAGGGGACUGGCAGCUGCGUUCCGAAUGUGGAGUGAAGUUUCACCAUUCAGCUUCAGAGAAGUGCCACGCCACGUACCCAGUGAUCUGAAAAUAGGCUUCUACUCCAUCAAUCACACAGACUGUCUGGAGUCUCUCAUUCACCACUGCUUUGAUGGAACAACAGGGGAACUUGCCCAUGCCUUCUUCCCACCCAAUGGGGAAAUCCACUUUGAUGACCAUGAGUACUGGAUAUUAGGAAAUACUCGGUUCAGCUGGAAGAAAGGUGUUUGGCUUACAGAUCUGGUGCACGUAGCAGCUCAUGAAAUAGGGCAUGCCUUAGGACUCAUGCACUCCCAAAACCCAAAUGCUCUCAUGCACAUCAAUGCUACUUUGACUGGGAAAAAGACCAUCUCUCAAGAUGAAGUCUGGGGAAUUCACAGACUUUACGGAUGCAAGGACAGACUGUUUAUGUGCCCCCUGUGGGCCCGAAAAGGUUUCUGUGAGAAACGUGAGAAGCUGAUGAAAAAGCACUGUCCGUUCACCUGUGACUUCUGCUACGAAUUCCCAUUUCCAACAGUUCCUCCCACUCUGCCACCUCCAAGGACAAAAACCAAGACUGUUUCUGAAGGCAGGAAUGUCACCUUCCGCUGUGGACAGAAGAUCAUCCAUAAAAAAGGCAAAGUUUACUGGUAUAAAGAUAAGGAGCUUCUGGAAUACUCAUAUCCAGGUUACUUAUCCUUAAAUGAGGAUCACAUGAGCAUCAUUGCAAAUGCAAUUAAUGAAGGAACUUACACUUGUAUAGUAAAGAAAAAAGAAAGAAUCUUGACCACUUAUUCCUGGAGGAUCAGACUGAGACAUUAACAAGGGCUCUGGCAUGAGAACUUCUCUAUUUCAAAUUCACAAUCUGGCUUAAGCAUUUUGUAUUUAAACGCCAGUAGUGCAAAUGAACUCCUAAAUCAGCUGCUUCAAUACCUCGAGCAAGAGAGACUCUGGGACUUUGUUACUGGAUAAAACAACUCUUCCAAAUUAGUUUUAAAGGUAAAGAAUUCAUCAAGCAUGUGUUGUACAGAGAAUUAAAAAAGAAAUUUUAAAAAAAUCCAGUGUAAGAUUUUGCAGUUAACCUGGAUCAGUGGACUGCUGAAAAACGAGACAUAACCCUUCAGCAAACACAUGGAUGAACAGACUGAUGGCUCAGCUAUGUUGCAAUGGAAUCAGAGGUAUUGUGGAAAGAGAAUGACCAGUAAAUGCGCUGUAAGUGGUUUUUUAUCUUUUUUAUAUCACGACAUGUAGGUCUAUAAGAACGUUAAAAAAAGAAUUACUUUUUCUUCUAGUGGGCAGAAGGAAAAUAGAGGGUCACAACAAACCCAAAUUACUCCAUUUCACACUUGGACAUACUCAGUUCAGCUAUGCACAGAAUAUCUCCCUUCCACCCCCCAACUACUCUCCUGUGGUGUGUAUUUAUUGUCUGUGUAAUCUUAGCCCAGCAUACCAUCUACUUCCAUCUGCAGCUCCUCAUAACUCAUCCUUUUGGUGUCUGAUCAAUAAGCUUCUUGACCCCUUCAACAGAGGUAAGAUCAUUUCCAUCAUCACACCCAGUCAUUAACAGUGAGGUGGAUGCGCCACAUCCAGAACAAAAGCAGCAUUUGCUUCCUGGGCGAAGCCCAGUGCACUCAAACAUCUAUCAGUUGGGAAUUGAGAUGUGCAGUUACAAACCCUGACAGUCAUUGUAUUUAAUGGGUACCUGAAAGAUCCUUAUCCAGUAUUAAGGCAGCCUACAUCAUUCUCUGCUUAGGUUCGUCCAUUUUUAGUUGCUGUCUUAAACUCUUCAAACACGUUUCUUCCUACCUUAAGCAUCUCAUGUAUUGCAGAAUAGGUCAGCAUUCUAGGAAGAGCUCUGUACCAGGACAGCAAAAGCACAAGGGAAAAGUAAGAAACUAAUAAGAACAGUUUGGUACAAUUGCAAUAACAGUAAUUUUACUGGCAGAUAUCUAGCAUGAACUUAGCACAUCUCCAUUUAACAGAGCAGUGCAACACCACGUGGAUCCAAGCAUCUUAAAACAGCUCUGUCUUUUGGAUUUGGAGAAACGAAACAACAACAAUGAGCUGAUCAGCACAGCCUUCAACAGCUCUCACAAGGGGAUGUCAGCACUUCAACUGCAAGGAUGCUUAAUCCUAGGGCAGAUCCAAAGUUCUUCAUUUCACAACUUAACAGUUUGGUACACAUACCAUUUAUGAUAACUGACUUUUGUGCUGUUUCUCCCAAUCCCGUUUACCUCCACCUGCCCUGUGCUUCUGGCAGGCACUGUCCUUGCUGGAGUUGCAGCCAAGGACCUGCUUUGCCCCACGAAUGUCCUAUAAGCAGUCACCUUCCAAAACUGAGCUGACCUCAAGGCCAGUGGAAAAAGAAACCAAGGAAAAAAGUUGCAGUUUAAGACAGCAGGCCAUGAGACAGCCCUGCACUGCACCCAGUGUUCCGUGACACAGAUGGCAUGGCCCAGCACUGCUGUGCACAUCUGUUCUGGCUGCAAUUUCAAGCCAACAACAUCUUCAAGGAACUCAGGAAAAAAAAAAAGGAGGAAUUUCUGUGAAGAAGCCAACCAAAAAAACACCUCUCUCCAUCUCCUGCCCAGGACCACGGCAUGACAGCUUGCAUUUGCUGGGAAUUAGUAUGGAAAGCACCUGGCAGAUAUGGUGAUACCCUCAAGGUAAGCAACAAAACUCACUUUCUCUUGGCAUACACUUUCAUUUUAUAAAAAUAAAAAUUGCAGUAAGACAACAACAAAAUAAAUCCCUAACCUACAACAAGGCUGUGAUUACCACACACUUAUGCACUGGAACCUCCAUGUUUUUUUGAAAGAUGAAUCUUUGCAGAUUUUCCCUGGUUGAAAUCAGUUAUUUAAGAUGACACAAUUUCAAAGUAAUUGAGUUCCAUAGCUCUGUUCCUGGUGAAACAGUCCUGGAAAUGUUUUCACUUUACUUGUCUUUGCAUAACUUGUUUGAUUAAAAGCAAAUAACUCCUAUUAGAUUCAGAGGUCCAGAUUUGUUAGCCCAGGUUGGAACAAAUGCUUUCCAAUGGGCAAUGAUGCACCCGUUCCAGUAAAUAUCUAUCAUUAGUAUUUCAGCUUUUUUGUCCACUUUUCACUUCUCACAUCCUUCAGAACAAAUAAAUAAGCUUCUGCUCUUCACCCCUACCCAAACUUUGCUAAAACCAUGCAUUACUACAGUUACUAAACUAGCAGAAAAACUUUCUCCAUCAGUGCAACACAACCAGGCCUAAUGAGAAAACAGUGCUUCAUCAACACACACACAAAAAAACCAGCUUUGAAAAUGUACAAUUCUGGCAGCUCCCAAGAGCAGGUCCAAGGCCUUCACUCAAUGAGAACAAAACCAGCACCACCACCACAAGUCUCUUCCAAUGCACUGCAUGCUCAUCACUACGCCUGUUGGUGGGACUGGUGCCCAGUUCUGACUGCAUGAACACCCCAGUAUUUUCCAAAUCUUCCUGUUCCCAGAAAAGGAUGAUAGCAUUGUAAAUCAGAGACUCAGAAGACACUUAUGAGGAAAGACUGGAAUAUGGCAAUAUACAACCAGUAACAUGAAAUGUUGUUAUUUUUGUGGAAAAAGGACAUUUUUAAAAGAAGGUUCUCUAGAAAAUAAAGCUUCAAUAUUAAUUUUUUUUGAAUUAUAAAACAAUAUAGUACACUUUUUGCUCCAGUGCCAUUGUAAAUACAUUUAUACAACACAUCAACCCAGUAGUUCACUCAAAAAUGUCAGUGGGUGUUGAGCCCAACCCAGCUUAGCUUUCUCCAAGGUACACAACAGGAGAGAAGCAACUUAAACAUCGUGAUUUCUUGACCAAGCAACUACACUCAGACACAAAGAACUUACUUAAAAUAAAAAGAAAAGUUCUUUUGCUGGACUGACAGUAACUACAACAACAUCAGCACAGAUGGGGGGAGGAAAGAGAAAUUAAUAAAAAAAAUAAAUCCUCACAUUUCCACUCUAGAAGACUUAAUGCCACCAACAUCCACGUUUGCUGCAUGUGAGGAAAUGACAUCCUUCACGCUGUUAAACAAUCAAAAAUGCAUUUUAAUUCUACAAAUUUACAAGGAGAAAAGAACAAGAACCAAAAAAAAAAAAAAAAAAGAAAAGAAAAAAAGGGGAUCAAGGAUUGUAGUUCAAGUUUUCCUCUGUCAAAUUUUAUAACGAUCCUUGGCUUUUCCUGUUAAUUCCAGUCCUCUAAUGGAAUGCAGCAGUUAUACUCCACACCCAGCAAAAGUCUUUGAAUCUGGGAUGACAUCUGACUUUACCCCGGUGAAAACCAUCUAGUUUCCCUGACGUGAAGAACAGAACUGGGGCACUCAGAAAUCCACUCACGUGAACGGUUCUCUUUUUCUCCCCUCUUCUCACUGAGUUUAAAACUUGAGGCUGAAUCCGGGCCCAGCAGCAGAUGCUCCUUGAUUCGUGGUGGUCAGAUGAAAACCGGUGUCUUUCAGAUCAUCGUCGCCCUGUGGAAAACAUACACAGUUCAUCUGUCAGUGCCUGUGCACACACAUUCACCUCUGCAACACAGAAAUCAUGCCUAAAACUAAUUUUAAAAAAGUAGAAACAAAGAACAAAACAAAACCUGAAGGAGCUGUAGGAGAUGGUAAGUAAAUACUUGAUUUAGUGGCACUGUAGCUGAGUUCAGUGCAGACUGUUAUUCGUGCUCUUUCUGUUGGUACUGCAGCAGGCACAAUAGCUGUGCAGUGUCAAUUCACCUAUGCUGAGACAUGGAACUGUCAAUAAAGAGCUGAUAAUAAUUAAGGCACUUGAGAUUGUACCACGUCCUACUUCUAAGCAGCUGUUUUUCAGCCAGCUUUUUCUUCAAAACUGGCAGUCCAAUUCCCACACAUGAAAGAACACCAGCCUUGUAUGUGACAGAUUCUUUUCCAAACACUGGAAAAGGAGCAGGUUUGGCUUUGUUUUAGGACAGGGGAAGUCAGUGAUGCUCACCAACUGACUGUACCCAAGGCCUCCCUCAGGCGGGCGGGGGCUGGUGCCACGUUUCACCCUUUGUUGUUCACUUUUGGCUGGCCAUGUAGGAAACAUGGAGGGGUCAAUAGGAAGGGGAGUCUCACGGAAAUACUCGUGCUUCAAACCAUCCUCAGCAGUAAUUCUUCUGGCCGGGUAGUACGUCAAAAAGCUGAAAAGAAUUCAGGCAAUGAAUUAGAGGGAAGAUAAGAGAGACGGCCGUGCAGAAAGAAGAUAAACGUUAGCCUAAAAGAUAUAAAACCUUCAGAAAUCUGUCAUGUUUUACAACGAGUGUAACAAACAACACAAUUUCCCAAGGACUGCAGAAGCUGGCACUUACUUGUUCAUCAGAUCAAAGCCCUGAUCAGAGAGGAGUGCUCCAAAUCUCUUGCGUAGAUUGUUGUAGGGAUAUUCUGUGAACGUCAUCUUCUUUACAGCUGGCAGCUCAUUGUAACCAGGCCAGAUUUUUUCACUUGGAGUACCCAGAUCCUACAGAUUAAAAUGUCUCCUUAAUAAACCCA